AACUGCAGACUCACUGAUGUAAAACUCAGAGACCUGUUGAGCUCAGUUUGUUUCACUAUGGCUUCAGCGUGCCUUCAAAUUCUUUGGCUGUUCUUCUUGUUCUGUGCUUUUCAAGCUCAAUUUAUUUCUCAUCAUGGUUCAUUGCAUCCCUUUCCAACACGACGGAACCCAUUCAGACCUUUUCGUUUACACCAGGACCAUCUGACUUUUCAUCACUCUUUGCCAGUUUUGGAUCCCAAUCCUCCACCAAGAUUCAUUAUUUUGAGUCCAAACCUCCUCAGGACAGAUAGUGAGGAGAAUUUUUACCUGGAAGCAAAUGGGGUGUCUGACCCCUUGCUGGUGACCAUAACAUUUCAGGACUUUCCAGCCCGGAGGGUUCAGCUUCACAAGGACACUGUGCUGCUCAAUAAAGACAAUGAUUAUAAAGCACUGAAGACUGUAAAGCUUCCCUCACAUGGUCUCUCUAGAAAAGAGAACUCCAAUAGUUAUGUGUAUCUGACAGUGGACUUUGGUUCUCACCGGGCUGAGAAGAUCCUUAUGGUAUCCUUCCAGUCUGGCUAUAUCUUUGUCCAGACAGAUAAGCCUCUCUUCAACCCUGGUGACAUUGUAAAUUACAGGGCUUUUGUGGCCACGCCUGCUUUCCAAGCUUUCAACAGGUCCAUUUCCAUAGAGGUCCAGAACCCUGAAGGAAUGGUAAUUCAUGCAGUUUCUCGAACAUUUGCCAGCAAUGGAAUAUUUUCAGAGAAUUAUCAGUUAUCAAGUAUUGCAAAUGAGGGUACAUGGAAGAUUACUGCGAAGUUUGACAAUUCGCUUCAAAACAAAUUCAGCUCUGAGUUUGAAGUGAGAAAAUAUGUGCUGCCUGCGUUCAAUGUCACGCUGACACCCAAGAGGUCUUACUUCAGUGUGGAUGACAGUGAGCUGGAGGUGGAUGUCAGAGCAAGAUAUUUAUAUGGUGAACCAGUUAAAGGAUUUGCCUACAUUGUUUUUGGUGUUGAGGUGAACAAAGAAAAGAAAAGGUUACCUGAUACGAUACAACGUGUGGAGGAUCUGGAGCAAGGGAAAGCUGUCUUGAGGAUGGCUGACAUAAAGAGAGAUUUUGCAAACAUUCAAGAUCUGGUAGGGUGCCCCAUUUACAUCAAGGCAUCUGUCAUAACAUCUACAGGUAGCGACCUUGUGGAGGCUGAGAUGUCUGGCAUUAAGAUUGUGGAGUCUCCAUUCCUAAUCACUUUCAGAGGCACUCCCCGGUACUUCAAGCCUGGUCUCCCCUUUGACAUGAUGGUCCAGGUAACCCACCAGGAUGGCUCAUUGGCUCCCAAUAUCCCAUUCCAGUUGCGCUUGCAGUCUGAAUCUGUUACUGUGAGCACACACAGGGGAGUUAGCAGGGUAUCUUUGAACAUGCCGCCAGACACACAACCUCAGACUAUAACAGCUGAGACAACAAAACAUGAUCUGAAAGCAGAGCACCAGGCAAAAGGUCGUCUGUUGGUGCACCCUUAUGUGUCUUUCAGCAACACGGCUCAAAAUUACCUGUACAUUUCAACGGGCACUAAACGUGUUUCAGCAGGGGAGCACAUCAACUUAGAGUUCCAUCUCAAAAAUAGCAUUGAAACACACAAGGACAUCAUUAAACAUUUGACCUACCUGGUGAUUAACAAAGGCAAGAUUAUUGCUGCAGACCGUGUGCUGAUGAAUGGCCAACGAGUUACAAGCUUUUCUUUAGCCAUCACCCCAGAGAUGAUCCCCUCCUUCAGGAUUGUAGCAUUCUACAUACUCCCAUGGCUAGGGACGUCGGAAGUGGUUGCUGAUUCUGUCUGGCUGGACGUAGAAGAUACCUGCAUGGGCACGCUCAGAGUUGGUAAGGCUGACGGUAGCAGACAAGCUACAUAUCGACCUGGGGAGAGCUUCCGCUUCCAGGUUAGAGGUGACCCUGGAAGUAGGGUGAGCCUGCUAGCAGUGGACAAUGCUGUGUUCCUGCUGAACAACAGACACCGGCUGACUCAAAGCAAGCUCUGGCGUGUUGUGGAGAGUGCUGACAUUAGUUGCACCCCUGGAAGUGGCCGAGACAGUGUGGGAGUUUUUGAUGACGCCGGUCUGAUGUUCCACUCCAACAAUGCCAUGGUCACAGAGGCAAGACAAAGUCUGCAGUGCCUAAAGCAGGCCAGGAAGCGUUCUGUGAGGAUGUUACAGAACAAAGUUGAACUUGAGGACCAGUACAAAGACCGGUUCCUACGCAAGUGCUGUCAGGAUGGGCUGAGGGAGAUCCCAAUGGAUUACUCCUGCAUUCGCCGAUCCCACUACAUCUCAGAGGGCUGGGAGUGUGUCCAGGCCUUCCUGUACUGUUGUUCUCAGUACCGAGGGGAGCCGGGCCACCUUCCAACUCCAGUGACUACCAGAGCAACCACUACAGCGAUCCCCAUCUCUCAGUGGGAUCCCAGAAUUCACAUUUUGCAGUCUCGAGUCAUGCUGGCUUCCAAACAAUUUAUGGUAGCAUCAGGCAGGAGAGAAGAUCUGGAAACACAUUCCUCUAGCAAAGCAGUUUCAACUGUAGAAGACUACGAGGAGGAAGAAGAUGACAUGGUUAACGAGCGUGAUGUCUAUGUACGGUCAAAGUUCUUUGAAACCUGGCUGUGGAAUGAGAUCAGUCUACCAGACACCCCAGGGGCUGGAGAAAAAAACGGACUGGUCUCAUACACGGUGCAGUCUGUCCUUCCUGACUCGAUCACAGAGUGGGGCAUUCUGGCAAUCAGCUCUUCUUUCACUAAAGGAUUCUGUGUAGCAGAGCCAUAUAACAUAAUAGCCAAAAGGCACUUUUUUGUGGACCUGCGGCUGCCAUACUCUGUGGCCCGAAAUGAGCAAGUUGAAGUCAAAGCGAUGCUCCACAAUUACAGCGAUGAGGACAUGAAGGUCAUUGUCAUCCUGUAUAAGACUGUGGACAUCUGCAGUGUGGCCUAUAUUGAGAAUCAUCAGCAGGAAGUGACUCUUCAUGCCCAGUCUUCAAGAGUCAUUCCAUACAUCAUAGUUCCACUGAAAGCUGGGGAACUGGAAUUAGAAGUCAAGGCCCUUGCUCGUGAUUUCCGCGGACAGGAUGGUGUGAGGAAGAGGUUACGUGUUCUGUUGGAGGGAGUACAAAAGACUAAAGUCCAAAGUUUUGUUUUGAACCCAUUGCUCAGGGGGGACAAGGAUGGGAAACAAGUGAUAAAGAUUGACAAUAUUAAAGUGGAUUCAGUGGUUCCAAACUCAGUUCCAGAGACUUACAUCAAUGUCAGAGGCAGCGUACUAGCAGACACCAUCGACAACUCAAUCACUGAUGAUUCCCUGGCCUCCCUGCUGCGCAUGCCUGGGGGAUGUGUGGAGCAGAAUCUUGCUAGCAUGACAUUACCCCUCAUUGCCACACACUAUCUUGACCGAGCACACCAGUGGGAGACUGUAGGAGUGCAGCGCCGCCUUGAUGCAGUCAAAUACAUUCAGAAAGGUUAUGAAAAACAGCUAAUGUAUUCCAAGAAGGACAAUUCUUACCCACCAUAUCGGAAUGUGGGAACAAGCACAUGGAUCACCUCAUAUGUGGUGAAGGUGUUCUCCAUGGCCCAUCCUAUCAUAUAUGUGAAUGAGAAGCACAUUUGUGACCCUCUGCUAUACUUGCUGAAGCAGAAGCAGUCUUCUGACGGAGCCUUCAGUGAAAACAACCCGGUCUAUGCAGCUGCCAUGACUGGAGGCUUGCAAGGAGCAGAAUCCAGUGCUACCCUUACUGCUUUCGUGCUGAUAGCAAUGUCAGAAGCUAAAGCUGUGGUGGAGUGCCAGGAACCUGGAAUUGUAUCAGAGGAGCAAAUGAGGAAAGCUGCAACUUACUUGAAGAAUCAACUACCACGACUAAGAAGGCCAUACUCUGUGGCUAUAACUACCUAUGCCCUUGCCCUAAUGGGUGAAGACAGAAGCCUUUUGAGAGACCAUUUGCAAAAGGCUGCAUCUGCAGACAGGACCCACUGGCCAGAUUCAGACAAUCCUCUUUUCACCCUGGAGGCCACUGGCUAUGCUUUGAUGGCUCAUUUGAAAAUUGGUGAAACACAAUUUGCAGGACAAAUUUUCCAGUGGCUCAAUGAGAGACGCAAAGUGGGAGGUAGCUAUGGGUCCACACAGCCCACCAUGGUGGUCCUGCAGGGUCUGUCAGACUACCUCAUCCAGAACCCCCCUCCCCUGGAUAUGAAGUUAAAUGUGGCCCUCAGCAUGCCUGGGCGCAGAGACACACACUGGUCUUUCAGUUCCAAAACAGCAUAUAUAGGAAGAUCUGCUAAGGCAACAAUAGACCAGACAUUUACAGUGGAGGCUUCAGGGACAGGUCAAGGCAUCUUGGAGGUUGUGACCAUCUACAAUGAGCUGCCUCAUGUUGAAAAUAAGGGGAACUGCAAGCACUUUGACUUGGAGGUUUCAAUAAAACAAGUCACAAAUCGAAAACCAUCAGAAGACACUGAGAGGUACUACAGACUUGAUAUCAGCAUAAGGUCACUAGGACCAAGUGAAAUAAGAAUGGCAAUUUUGGAUGUUACCCUACCCACUGGCUUUGUUCCAAAAACCGAAGACCUUGAAAAGCUGACAAACUCAGUGGACCGGUACAUUAACAACUUUGAGAUUGUCGAUGGCCUUAGUGACCAGGGCUCCCUCAUCAUCCACCUCUUUAAGGUAUCAAACACAGAAAGAGAGACAAUAUCUUUUGGGUUACUACAAAAAUUCAAUGUGGGUCUUAUCCAGCCAUCCUCUGUCACUGUCUACGAGUAUUACAGCGCAGAUCACCGAUGCACCAAAUUCUACAGUCCACUGUCAGAAAAGGCUGAGCUGCAGCAGAUCUGCAAAAAUGAGACAUGUCGCUGUUCUGAAGGAAACUGCUGUAUCUUAAAAACACAAGUCCAAUCCAUUACCAACCUAAUGCGCAAAGAUGAAGCAUGCAAGGGCAUUUACCAUGUGUACAAAGUCAGGGUCUCCAAAAUCAGCAGGAGCCAGUAUGAUAGGAAUGAGGUAGAAAUCCUGCAGGUGAUAAAGGAAGGAAGACACACUGGCAUCCGAAUGACAGACAAAAGUAUCUUUUUAUCUCAUGCUGCAUGUCGUGGAGGUUUGAACCUGCAAGAAGGUGGAGUUUAUUUAGUCAUGGGACCUCCUGAAGACUUCUGGCACCUGGAUGGCUCCACCAAUAGAUUUACCUACAUCCUGAGCAAGAGGACCUGGGUAGAAUACUGGCCAUUAGUGGCAGAGUGCCAGGCAGAUGCAGUGCUCAGGCAGAGAUGCUCCCAGCUGGAGGAAUUUGCAUCUGAUGUAUUAGAGAAAGGCUGCCAUUCCUGAGGAUUUCCACAGGUCCUUCUUGCAAUUUUAGCCUAACAAAAGCCAAGCAGAGGAAAGCCCUGUGCUUCAGUAUUUCUGAGGAUUGUUAUUAUCAGAAACAGCAAUGUGCAGAAUAACAGCAUUUUGAAAUAUUAAACAAUAAUGUGAAAUUGAAAAGUUAGAGAAA